GGGGAAUUUUAUGUACACCGACGCAGAUUUGGCAACUUGUAAAAUUAGAACUGCAGUUACAAAAUUAUGGUGGCUAUAAUUGAACAGGUGCUAGUUUUUGCGGUGGAACGGGCUAUCUAUUAAAAAAUUGUUGCUAUUUACUUUUUCUAGAUAAAGUUGUCAUAAAUCUUGAUUUGUGUCGGCUAUUAAGUUGUAUUUUUCGCUUGUUAAGUGCUAAGUGCAUGUUUUUAUCAGGACCUUUCCAUUAAGACAACUGCAUGAAUUAAUUCAAGAACUUUCAACUACUGAUAUCCUUUUAUAGACUCAAAAAGAUGUUGCCAGCUAGCCCCACCACAAUGGCAAACCUCCACAUAUUAUGGCAAUAAUCCAACGAUUUCCAAACACGCCACUUUCGCAACUCAUCAUAAUAGUUACGAGGUGAUUCGAGAUGUAGUUAACACAUCGUCAUAAAGAGCGAAAAUGUCCCAACACGACGAUAAAAAGAAAUUCUACUGCCGCGAAUGGGCCUUCCAGAAAUUAUCGCACUGCUUGGACCAGCGGCCGGUGUCGAAGACCUGCGGCGCCUUGCUGCUAGGGGGCUCCGGCUGCGGCAAGACCACCUUCUGCUCGGAGCUAUGCUGGCCCUCGCAGGGCCCCAGUGGCCGCCAACAGAGGGCGCUGAACCGCCGACUUCUGUGCUACCACUUCCUGCAGGGCCACAACGAGAAAAGUCUGUCUUUGAGCGAGUUCGUGAGGAGCUUGGUGACGCAGAUUCUGAACCAUUCCACGGAGAGCCACAAGGAGAGGAGCAUGCGCCGCAAGAUGGCGCAGGAAGCUAAGGUCGAAGAAGAGAAGAACAUCUCCUAUGAGCAGAACCUCUCAGAGAACUGCAGUCUACCUCAGGAAAGCCUAUACAGUAACGUGUACGCCGACAGCUUGCUCUCCCCGACUUUGGAGAGCAAAAAGAGCGACGUACCUCCUAUACCUAACCUGCCUGUGAAUCCCCGGACCCUAAUCGCUGAUGCCUACCUAGAGAAGCUAAAGUCGGACCCGGAGAUCCAGAUCGCCCUUAGGGCGAAGAACAUCGAACUGAAUCCCGACGACUGCCUAAAGAGGGCGUUGCUGUUCCCGCUUCUCGAGAUAGACCCGCCCAAAACUUCGCUCUUCAUUUUGAUUGAUUCCAUCGACGAACACUCUUUCGUGUACUCCAAUUCGACGCUGACGCGUUCGAAGCCACGUGAGCGCAGCUCCCAAUCAAAAACGAUCGCCGAGCUGUUGGCCAAUCACCACCAUCUCUUCCCGCAAUGGCUCCUCCUUGUCUGCACCGCGCGGAAGCAGUCGAAGAGCAUAGCUAAAAUGUUCACCGGGUUUCGCAAGCUAAGUUUGGACGAUUUGCGCAAAUCUCAGGUUGUGAGGGACGUGCAGCAGUACAUUUUGGCGCGUUUGGACCAGGAGAACAGUCUUAGACAACACAUAAGUCGUGAUACCGCGGAAAUGCUCAAUCAGUUGCAUAUUAAGAGUAACGGGUGUUUUCUUUACUUGGAGAAGGUGCUGGAUGGGGUGUCCGAUAAUUUUAUAGUGUUGAGGGAAGUGCGGGAGAUCCCCGGGACUCUAAACGGGUUGUAUUUGUGGUUGUGUCAAAGACUUUUCAAUAGACGGCAGUUCGCGAAGGUCCAGCAGCUACUCAACGUGAUCCUCGCGGCGAAAUGCGCCAUCAACGAGCCUUUGUUGUACGACAUCAUCAAAGUUUACAACCCGAAGAUGUCGCACGACGACUUCAAAAAACGCUUUAACUUGCUAAGGAGGAUCAUAGUAGUAGGGAAGACGGGAGCUAUCAGGUUGUUUCAUCAUUCCUUCGCAGAGUGGUUGUUAGACAUAAAACACUGCACGCAGAAGUAUCUGUGUAAUAUAUUCCACGGCCAUUGUAUCCUAGCCAUGUAUUAUACGUUGCACGCUAAGUAUUUAAACAACCAGGAAAUCUACGACUACGCCUUCCAUCUGACGAGGAUGGAACAGUAUCUGAACGAAAAACCGACGCAGAAGUGUCCGACUCUCAUGUACAAACUGUCGCAGGAAAAGCACAAUUUGUCGCAAGGGGAGAACUCGCUGGAGAAGACGUCCACGGAAAUCUACUCGGACUUGAAGGCGCUGCAAGAACUGACGAAGUACGAAGAGAAGGAAAUGACGGGCCUCGACACCAGCUUCAUCGAAACCGAAAACAGCCUCGAAGAAGUCACCGACAAAUUUGACAACAUCAACCUCAAGAGCCCCACCGUGGACAAGAACCCCAUCUACGCCGAAGUCAACAAGGUGAAAAAAUCCGAUCUGUCCAAGCCCCACGACAUCUCCGCGCCAGCCGCCAACGACGCCUCCACCGUGAGCAGCACGCUCGAGGCCAGCAAGAACGCCCUCGACGUGCACACCCUCACCGUCCUUUGGCUCAUCCUCAGCGGCUGCAACGUGGAGGAGUGCCUGCUCGAGGGCAACGAGAUGGCGGGCGUGAACUUCGGCGCCUUCCUGCCGACCGACCAGAAGGUGCUCAAGCUGCUGCUGGAGGCCGGCGCCGUGGAGCAGACGGAUGUGGAAGGAUGCGAGUACGAAAGCCAAAUGUCUUUGGCGUCGUCGUCGAGCGAGCAGAGUCCGGAACCGCUGUUCGAUUUGCACGAUCUGCAUGGACAGGCGGCGUUGCACGUGGCGGCGAGGCUGGGGCAGGCGCAGGUUGUCAAGGUCCUUCUCGAGGCCGGCGCCAACGCCGACCAAGCCGACGUCGACGGCUGGACGCCCCUCCGCGCCGCCGCCUGGGGCGGCCACACCGAGGUCGUCGAGCUCCUCGUCAACCACGGCUGCGUCCUGGACAGUGUGGACGCGGAGAACCGCACCGCCCUUCGUGCCGCCGCCUGGUCCGGCCACGAGGAAAUCGUCAAGAUCCUUCUCCAAAACGGAGCCGACGUCAACCUCACCGACCACGAGGGUCGCACCGCGCUCAUCGCCGCCGCCUACAUGGGCCACAGCGAGAUCGUCGAGCACCUGCUGGACUUCGGCGCGGACGUCGACCACGCCGACGCCGACGGCAGGACGGCGCUGUCCGUCGCAGCGCUGUGCGCGCCGCGGACACCCGGGGUAAACGUGGUGUCGACGCUGCUCGAAAGAUGCGCCACGGUCGACCACAAGGACAAGGAGGGGAUGACGCCGCUGCUGGUGGCCUCUUUCGAAGGUCACAAGGACGUGUGUGAGCUGCUUUUGGAGAAUGAAGCGGACGUGGACCACUGCGACCACAGCGGGAGGAGUCCGCUGUGGGCGGCGGCGAGCAUGGGGCAUGCACCGGUGGUGGCGUUGUUGCUGUUUUGGGGGUGUUGCAUAGACUCGAUGGACUCUGAAGGAAGGACGGUGCUGUCUGUGGCGGCGGCGCAGGGAUGCGUCGAAGUGGUCAGGCAGUUACUAGAUCGGGGGUUGGACGAGCAGCACAGGGAUAAUUCAGGGUGGACGCCGUUACACUAUGCAGCUUUCGAAGGUCAUCAAGACGUUUGCGAGGCUCUUCUGGAGGCUGGCGCUAGAAUCGAUGAGACUGAUAAUGAGGGAAAAGCACCGCUUGCUUUAGCGGCCCAAGGCGGGCACGCAGCUUUAGUUAGUAUGUUCUUAGAUAAGUAUAACGCACCGAUCGAUCAGAGGCCGCAUGAUGGCAAAACAGCUUUAAGAUUGGCAGCCCUUGAGGGUCACUACGAAGUCGUCCAACUCCUCAUAGCGCACGGAGCCGACAUCGACUCAAAGGACGCCGACGGCAGGAGCACUUUGUACGUGUUAGCGCUCGAUAACCGGUUGGCCAUGUCCAAGUACUUCAUCCAACAAGGUGCCGAUGUCGAAACUCGGGAUUUAGAGGGUCGAACGCCUCUGCACGUCUCGGCAUGGCAAGGCCACACCGAGAUGGUUUCCCUCCUUCUGACCUACGGCAAGUGCCAGGUCGACGCGUGUGACCUCGAAAACCGCACAGCCCUCCAUUCGGCGAGUUGGCAAGGUCACAGCGACAUAGUGAAACUGUUGCUGGAACACGGCGCCCUCCCUGACCACACGUGCAACCAAGGUGCCACGGCCUUGGGUAUAGCGGCUCAGGAAGGCCACGAGCUGUGUGUGGUGGCCUUGCUGGAGCACGGCGCCGACCCCAACCAUUCGGACGCCUGCGGGCGGAACGCGUUGAGGGUGGCGGCGAAGUCGGGCCACCGAGGCGUGGUGCGUCUCCUGGAGGAGUACAACGCGAGGUCACACAAGAUGGCGCAUACGAGCAGUAGUGCCAACUCGAUAACAUCGGCUUCAACCGCGGAAACCAAACCUUCUUGUGCGGUUCUAUAUCCCGGCAACGCCGACUGGUGUGAGCAACAGCGCAGAUCCAUGGUGUCCCUCGGGAACCACAGUUCGAAUUCCAAGUCCAGCUCGAACCUGACGGGAUCGAGUCAUUCGAGCCGCCACGGCGACCGCCAGCGGGAAACCACCCAGAAUUCCCAACCCAUGUCGUUCACCCAGCAGCUACAGCAGUGUUCGAGGGGCGGCAAAACGAGACCUCUGAGUAAACUCUUGUCUCCUCUGCAAAGCGAGCCUCAGAGCCCCAUUUACGCGUCGCCGCCUUUAAGCCCCGUUCACGACACCCCGAAUAUGUUCGGUAAGUGUGGGCGGAGCCGAGAGGGUAGAAAUGUUGAGGUUAUGUCAGAGUUUACAGGGGCUAUGAAUAUAUAUCAACCGGUUUUACGACAUAACAACUUUGCAAAGGCUCCGGAUACGCAUUUCGCAAGGGACACGCAUAUGAGGAUAAUUUUGGGGAACGCGAGUGGGGCGGCGGUGGGGAAUAAGGACAAGAAGGAGCAGAGUCACGAGUCCAACUCGAAAUCUAGCAGUCAGAAACCGAAGAGGAACGGCAUCGUGACGAAUCCGGCUCUGCGGUUGGUGGCGAACGUGAAGAACGGCUUAGACACGGCCGCCGCCAACCUGAGGAAAUCGACGUCCGGCGCGAAUCCCAGUACAAAAACGAACAGUUUUCAUUGGAGGAAAGAGACGCCCUUGUAAUUAUUGUUAAUCCACAUCGUGAAAUUACUAGUCAAUAUUAUGGUGGGUAUUGUGUCCAUUUUCGGAAAGUUUUGGUUAUUAAUGUUGUCUCCCUGACAGGUUUUAAAAAUUUGAUUAAAAAUGAAGCUAACAACACUCACCUAGUCUUAUCUAUAUCAAAGAUUUAAUUUUGUAUUAGAUUAUGGUUAAUCUAGUAGCGUUAAAAAUAACUCAAAUUAUUGUUAGGCCUAAGUUUUUCAACGAUGAGUUUACUGAAUCAUUUUGUGAUAGAUCCGUAGUGGUGAAUAAUCGACAGAGAUAAUAAAUACAAGGCUUUUGUCAGUAAUAUUCGUUUUCUCUAUAAGUCUCUCUCGUUGACGUGAAGAUCUCAUUUUUGGAAAACAUAUUUUUGUAUUGUUGUUUGGAGUUUUAUUUUUUCUAAGAGUGACAUACUGAUUUUUCGGUAUUGUAAGGUUUGUGUGUAUCACCGAGCAAUUUGCUAUUAUUUCAUUCAAAUACGUAUCAAUUAAUGUAUGCCUUUUUUGUAUUUACAAUAAAACAGCUUUAGUUUUAUACUAUUAAAGUUGUGCACUGUAUAUGUUCAAACAGUAUUAAACUUGAAAUAUUUAAAUAAAUACAUGUAAAAGUGA